UCUCUUCUUUUUCACCUCUCUCUCUUCAUCAAUUUCCAUUCCAUUCCUCUGUUUCUGUAACGAACUCUCUGAUUGUUUCGUUUUGAGUCGAAGAAAUCAUGAUUCGAAGGGGUUCAUCAACCUUAAACAAUUUGGUUCAAUCUUUACGAGUUAGUUCUUGUUUCACCCAGCUUGGAGCUUACUCUUCAAAAGCUUCGUCUUCUCUACAAGUGAACCGACUAUCACCGGCUUACUGCGAGGAUGAGUAUGCUAAUCUGGAUUGGGAUAAUCUUGGAUUCGGUAUUAUCCCAGCUGAUUAUAUGUACACCAUGAAUUGUUCUAAGGAUGGAAACUUUGUACAAGGACAACUUACUCCCUACGGAAAUCUUGAAUUAAGCCCUUCUGCGGGAGUUCUCAAUUAUGGACAGGGAGUGUAUGAAGGGACAAAAGCAUAUAGAAAAGAAGAUGGGCGUUUGCUUCUUUUUAGACCUGAUCAAAAUUCCAUCCGUAUGCAAAUGGGUGCUGAUAGAUUGUGCAUGCCUUGUCCAUCCACAGAUCAGUUCGUUGAUGCCGUUAAACAAGUGGCUUUGGCUAACAAGCGCUGGGUUCCUCCUACAGGAAAAGGAACUUUAUAUAUUAGACCAUUGCUAAUAGGAAGUGGACCGGUAUUGGGAUUGGCUCCGGCACCUGAAUACACAUUCCUCGUUUAUGCUUCCCCUGUUGGAAACUAUUUCAAAGAGGGUUCGGCACCAUUGAACCUAUACAUUGAAGAGGAGUUUGAUCGGGCUUCUCGUGGAGGAGCUGGCGGUGUCAAGUCCAUCACGAAUUAUGCACCUGUUUUAAAAGCAAUAGCCAGAGCCAAAAGCAGAGGAUUUUCUGAUGUUUUGUACCUGGACUCGGUGAAUAAGAAAUAUAUAGAAGAAGUCUCUUCUUGUAACAUCUUUAUUGUUAAGGGAAAUAUAAUUUCUACUCCGGCCACAAACGGUACUAUUUUGCAAGGAGUCACUCGAAAAAGCAUCAUCGAAAUUGCCCGUGAUCUCGGUUACCAGGUUGAAGAACAUGCUAUUUCGGUAGAUGAAUUGAUGGAUGCUGAUGAAGUUUUCUGCACCGGAACCGCAGUCGGUGCUGCUUCGGUAGGCAGUAUCACAUAUCAGGAUACAAGAAUUGAAUAUAAAACCAGAGGCGAAUCAGUGUCCCAGGAGUUGUACUCAACUCUUGAAGGAAUUAAACGGGGUAUCGUUGAGGAUAAGAAAGGCUGGAUUAUUGAAAUCUAGCAAGUCCUCAAAAUGUGAAGAUGGAUCAAGUGCGUGCAUUUGAUAAGGCCACUUCCAUAGUACAGAUUGUACAAAAAAUUUAAAUUAUGUAUAGUAUAGGUGCAGUACUCUGAAUUGGAAACAAAAAUUAUGGAAUUCAAAAUUUCAAAUGUGUACACCAAACAUUUAAUA